UCAUUCAUAGCGCAAGAGCCAAACAAAAAGGGAGGAAAUCUUUUUCCCUCCAAAAACGGACCGAUGAGGCAGCUUCAGUUACAUCAACUUUCAACGGUGAUGAAACCUUAUUAUUCACCAUGCACAUGCAUGCCCAUGGCUUCUUAUAUCCCGUUUUCAAAGUCUCUUCCGUUGUCUUCUUCUCGUUUCUCCACUUAUCCAAACCUUAUCGCCCCUGUUAAUUCUCCUUGUUUUAUUCCUCCUCUCCCUGCCUUCCGAUCUCGCUUUGUUUGCAAGAUGAAUGAUUCAGAUAUGAUACGGCAACUUGAACUUGAUAAGCCGGAAGAGAGAAGGAAACCGGAGAAACGUGCAAAUGGAGUCUUUUGGAUUAUACUUCUCAAUCUUGGAAUUUAUGUUGCAGAUCACUUUUUUCAGGUUCGCAGCAUCAAAUCUCUUUAUUUGUAUCACAAUUGGCCAGCUUGGUACCAGUUCAUAACAGCAACUUUCUGCCAUGCUAGCUGGGGACAUCUUUCAAGUAACCUCUUUUUCCUGUACAUUUUUGGAAAACUUGUUGAAGAAGAAGAAGGAAACUUUGGUUUGUGGCUUUCCUAUAUUCUUACUGGUGUCGGAGCAAACCUUGUUUCAUGGUUAGUUUUACCGAGAAAUGCAGUUUCUGUGGGAGCUUCUGGUGCUGUUUUUGGGUUAUUUGCUAUUAGUGUCCUUGUAAAGAUAACAUGGGACUGGAGAAAGAUCCUUGAAGUGCUUAUAUUGGGCCAAUUUGUUAUAGAGAGGGUGAUGGAAGCAGCACAAGCUUCAGCAGCAUUGUCAGGCACUUUUCGUGGGGGCUAUCCUAUGCAGAGUGUCAAUCAUAUUGCACAUCUAUCUGGUGCCCUUAUUGGUGUGGUUCUGGUUUGGCUUGUGAGCAGAAUUCCUUCUCCUCCAGACCACGAAGCUUCUUUGCGUGCAAAAUCAGGCAAAACCCGAUAAGCAACAGUUCACAAGUGUGCAUAAAUAGAAGGACUUCAUUGCAUAAACCUUUCUUUACGAUGAUUUUUACUUAUUGGAGAUUGAUCAAUUAUAUGGACUUGCUGUGAGUCCAUCAGUCUGAUAUAUUUAUGGGUCAUGAUGAUAUAUGAACAUGUAAAUAUAUUGUGAGAAGUUAUAAAACAUGUAGUUGUUGCGCCUCAUAUGGUUUUCUUUUUGUAUUUGUAAUGCUUUUGUAGUUAAUUUUCUUCUUGUUUCAGGAAAA